GGGCUGCCCGCGCCCCGGACUCGGCUUCGCGCAGCCUUCCGCGCCCCACUGACGGCCGGGUCAGCGGCGACCUCCUGCCCCGCUGAAUCAGCCCUUCCCCUCCCACCACCUGCGCAAGGAGGCGGCCCGGGGAAGCCGCCUCGGUGCAUAUAAAGCGCUGCCGUCGGAGGGGAAGCGCCGCUGGUUCCCCGAACCCCGCUGCCGCCCGCCGCCAUGGCCCCCGGCCGCCGCCUGCCGCUGCCCGCGCUGCUGCUGCCGCUGCUGAGCGCCGCGCUGGCCCAGCGCCCCCUCACAGAGAAGCAGCGCGCCUGCCUGCUGCCCUCCGACGAGGGGCCCUGCCGCGCCCUGGUGCCGCGCUGGUACUACGACCGGCACACGCAGAGCUGCCAGGAGUUCACCUACGGGGGCUGCUACGGCAACGCCAACAACUUCCUCACCUUCGACGACUGCGAGAAGAGCUGCUGGACCAUCAAGAAAGUGCCCAAAUUAUGCCGGAUGGAGGCUGAUGGAGGACCUUGCAGGAGUUAUCUAAGAAGAUAUGCCUUUAACUUGAGCUCGAUGAGGUGUGAGGAAUUCAUCUAUGGUGGCUGUUAUGGAAAUGGCAACAACUUCAGAGAUUUGCAGUCUUGUGUGGACCACUGUCUGCCAGAAAAAACUGGCCCCUUGCUCUGCUAUAGCCCAAUGGAUGAAGGAUUGUGUUCCUCUUCCGUGCCUCGCUAUUACUAUGACUCCAAGACUAAAUUAUGUAAAGAGUUCAGAUAUACUGGCUGUGGUGGAAAUGCCAACAACUUUGUCACUGAAACGGAUUGCUACAAUGUCUGUAGAAAUGGAAAUCAGAAACCGAGUAUCAACAAGCCAACAAAUGUAUUCCGCAGAAAAAUAGUAAGAAAACUGAAGAAAAAAUCUCAGAUGUAUAACCUGAAGUCUUAAAGCUGACGUGUACUUGGAUGUUUGAAACAAUUUUUGUCGAUUCCACUUUCUUCUUUUGUAAGAUAUUUUUCACGAAGUUUUAUACUGACAUAGUUCUGUCUUUCAGAGCUGCUUUUUAUGCAAUUUACUUUUUUAUAAGGAACUGUACUUAAUAGAUGAAUGAACUUAAGUUUGGUUCUUCUACUGUGUUGUCUUUGCAAUAAUAUUUUGGAAAGACUUGUUUAAAUUUCCAUGUUUUUAUGGGGUGAAUGUUACUACUGCCUUGGGAGAAAAUUUCAGCUGCUGAAAAUCAAUUAAAAUUUGAAAAAUUAAAUGUCUGUUAUUAUAACUAAGGAGUGUCCAGCACUGAAAAUCUACCUUGGAUUUUUAAUUUUUUUUUUGCAUCCUCUGCUUGCUAAAGAAAAUUGACUUUUCACAAGUGUGUUCAGAGGUUUAUUGCCUUGCCAUGUACAUACUUUGGCCCUAUUGUUUAAAUAGAUUGUCAUUUACAGUUAAUGUUCAUAGUGAAAGCUUUCAAAAGCCUUCAUAAGAGUGAAAGAAGUAUAAAUUUAAAUGCAGCUCAUCCCACAGAAGAGAAUUUGGAAUAGGGAUGCCUUGAUAAACACUCUGACAAAGGCAAUGAAUAAGUUAGUUGAGUAUUAAAAUAAAAAAUGUAGCCAUUACUUUUUCAUGACAUUUGAAAUUUUUGCGAAGUUACUCCAGAUCCUCAUGGCAUUAAUCAACAUAGUUUUACUGAUUUUAAUGGAACUAUGCUGAUUACAUCUGCAGAAGAUUUUGAUAUUUGUGAUAAUGCAGUGGCUGUUGAAGCAGAGCACCAGAAGUUUCUGCAAAUUUCAUCUACAAAAGAGUAAUCUCUCUUUUGAGGCACUUUUAUGUUUCUUAUGGUAGGUUAUGCCUAUGAUGAUACUUUUGCACAUUCUUUUAUAUUUUGUAUUUUAGUUAUGUCUGAGUUUCAAUUAAUUUCACCUACAAUAUUUUCUAAAUAUAAAUUCAUAAGUAAUGUUAAUAAAAUGUUUUUUGGGGGAAAAAAAAAAGCUUGUUCUGUCAUUAUCCUGAAUGAGUUGUAUAGACCAAUAUGUGUACUGGAACCUGUAAUUUCUUAAUUAUGACUCUAACAGAGUUUAGUUGUCUCUUCAAUUAUUUCCUUACACUGAAGUCUUUAUUUGAAGAAAGCCAAUAAAUUGCAUUGAUGUUAAUCAUCCCCAGCAGUUUUGUAGCUCAGCUGGCUUUCUUGAAAGAGCUGCUCUCAAAGGGGUGCUUAGUUUAGCUUAUUGUCUGCUGCUGGGUCUCCUGUUUGAUGUUGCACUAUCUGAAUAGCUUUUGUGUGGGUGACAAGCUAUUUGUUUGAAAUUACACUGGCUUUCAGUUAGAAUAAUUCAGAUGUGUGCUUUAAACCUAUUCUGGAGAGGGAACAUGAUGGGCAAACUAGUCAAGAUCUUAUUUUCUUACUGAUGUUUCUCUCAUUGCCAUAUUUUCGAUUAAAGCAGUUGUGUGCUUGC